AUGGAGGGGUGGCUCAGAGGACCUCCAAAAUCUAAGAAGACAAAAACAAAUGAACCUACAAUAGAAUUGAGCAUUGAUGCACCCUCUCUACAAUCUGCACCAACAAUGACAUUCCCUCAUGAGACACCAAUUGAGUUGGCUGCACUUGUUACCAAGAAAAAGUGGGCACCAUCAUCAUCAUCAAAGCUCAAUCAAGAUGUCAGGGUCUGGUUCCAACCAACUUGA